GUCGAAGUUGCGAAGGAGAGAGAACGGAAAUUUAGUGAGGAAAAAAACAAAAAAACAAAGAUGGAGACGGUUCCUUUCUGCCAGGGCUUCAAAGACGACAGAGCGACAACAUGGCGACUCCACAGCUACAAAGAAGGCACAGAGGUCUUCAGAUCGAUGCACCUUUGAAGUACCAAAGUUGAAGUACAAGCAGCGAGCUCUUUGCCAACUCCUCCAGCUUUACAAACAUGAUAAGGCCGAAGCAGCAAGAACUCUCCCAGCUCUCUGCAGACAGAAUGGAGGAGACAUUGCAACAGGAGAAAAUACAAGAACCGGAGAAUAAAAGCCAGAAUGAGGAGGAAGGUGGGAUCCGGCGGCGACUGCGAGACAGGGAGCUUCUCAGGAAGAGAAAAGCUGAAGCACAAGAGAAGGAAACUAACCAGUGGGUUUUUGGGGUGGAGAGCCAAAGGAAAAGAUCGAGGGCCGAGAACAACAGAGGCACAAAGAGGAGAGGGAGGCCUCAGAAGUCCGAUCCCAUCCUACAGUUUCCAGUUAUUCAGGAAGAGGCAGGUGAUCUUGCAGUAGUGGUGGUGCCUGCACCUGCUGAUGUCAUCUCGGACCAGAUACUGAGCUCUCAGAAUGCCAUGCUGGGUGUGGAGUCACAACAAGUUCCAAAUCUAGAUGCAACUCCUCCUGUUCCAGUUCUUGAACUGGCCCGGAACUCAGUUUUUGGGAAGUUAGAUGUAGAUUCUGCUCCAGUUCCUGUCCAAGAUUCAGCUCAAGCUGUUCCAGGUCCAGUACAAGCUUCCUAUGCCCCCCUGGUCCCAGUAAAAGCUUCCUGUGUGGUCCCAAUCCCAGCUCCUGAUGAUGUUCCAGUCCAGCUUCAAGCUCCUGAUGAUGUUCCAGUCCAGCUUCAAGCUCCUGAUGAUGUUCCUGUCCCAGUUCAAUUUCCUGAUACAGUUCUAGUCCAUGCUUCAUCCCAAGACUCUGUCCCAGCUGCAGUUCUUGCUCCUCCCUCAGCUCCUUCCCGGGUAGAGACCCUCUACACAGAGUCACGAGGCAGAGAGAUCCUAGACCAGGUCUUGAUAGAGGACUUGGGCCCUGAUGAUGAAGAUGACAUCUCUCCUUCGCAAAACAACAGAGCAGAUAAAGGUUUAAAUGAAACACAGCUGAUGAACACAGCUGAACAAAACAAAACUUACUCAGUUCCAACGCUGUCCAGUCCUCCUCUGCCUCAGGAAUAUCUUCCAGGAAAUCAGUUCUAAACAUUCCCGUUCGGAUGUUGCUGCAGUCCAGAUCACGCAAAGCCAGAUCUUUUUUUGUAGGUCACACUGUGUGUCUAAAGUUUCUUUUGGUUAGUUUGCAUUUUCUUAUUGAAGAGAGCCAUUUACUGCUUGUUUAAAAACGCUUGAAUGCAAAUCCAACCUGCAUGGUUAUUUAUUCUGAAAUGUGCUUUAAUGCAAGCUUAAUACAAAUUUAUCUUUUUUUUGUACCAUGGAAUAAGCAAAGAGAUGACAUUUUCUUUCUUUAUUUAAGCAGCAAUAUCUAACAAUUGUACUGAAAGCUCAACAUUGUAUUUGUAAUAGUGGGUUAUCUUUAAUUUGAUUUUGUAAAAAAUAUAAAAUAAAAUUCACUGCUUACAUCAUAAAA